CACAGGGAAGGCUUAGGCAGCAGUCCCGGUUUUCGGACUUCCGGGUUCUGUCCACCGAUUCAUUGGCAGCAGUCGCUAUGGAGGAACCAGAGAUGCAGCUCAAGGGGAAGAAAGUCACGGACAAGUUCACUGAGAGUGUCUAUGUCCUGGCCAAUGAGCCAUCUGUGGCCCUGUACCGGCUGCAGGAGCAUGUGCGCCGCUCCCUGCCUGAGCUGGCCCAACACAAGGCUGACAUGCAGCGCUGGGAGGAACAAAGCCAAGGAGCCAUCUACACCGUGGAGUAUGCCUGCAGCGCUGUGAAGAACCUGGUUGACAGUAGUGUCUACUUCCGCAGCGUCGAGGGUCUGCUCAAACAGGCCAUCAGCAUCCGGGACCACAUGAAUGCCACUGCUCAGGGCCACAGCCCUGAGGAAUCACUCCCACCCUCCUCAGCCUGAUUCCAGAAGCAACUUAGAGGCUGCUCUGCCUCCCCCAUCCCAGGAUUCUUUACCCAACAAGACUAAGACAUGGAUCCCAUGUGUCCCCUGUCCCACCUCAUGCCAAAGCCUGCUUUACCCACCCAGCUCCAGGAUGCUCCCUCCACUGUCUACCUGCUGUGUGACCCUGGCAAGUUCUUUCCCCUCACUGGUCUCUUAAUUUCCCUUCUGUAAAAGUGGCUCAUCAGGUAAAAGAGAGGGCAUGAGCUGUGGUGACAUAUUCAUUGUAGCUAUCAGCUGUUGGUGCAUGACAAAACACUCCAAAACUUAGUGGUUUGUAGCCCUAUAAUUUACCUAAUCACUGUUUUGCAAUUUGGGAUAAGCUCAGCUGGGUGGUUUUGCCAGUGUCAACUGAGGGAUCACUCAUGUGGCCCUUGUUGGAGCUCAACUGUAACUGGAUAGUCAGAGGGGGCCUGUCUGGUUCUUCGCUGGAGCUAUCCACAGGGGGACUGGAGGAAUCAGGCUUCCCUCCUCUCCAGCAAGGCAGCACCCAUGCAAAAUACUUAUCCAGCCUCUGCUUGCUUCACAUUUGUGGGUAUCCCAUUGAUGAGGUCAAUCAUGUGGCCAGGCCUAGGACCAUAUAGGAGGGGACUGCACAGGGCAGUGUGAAUCCUGAGAUGUGUGACUAACCACACGUGGAGAUCAUGGCACUAGAAAGAUCUCAUGCAUCGUUCAGUGCCUGUAGAAGGCAGAUGCAGGCCACUACAAGGUGUUCCAGGACUUACUUGUCUUCUGUGCCAUGGAGGCCCUCUCAGAGGUUCAGGGGAGGCAGGUACAAAUGGGGCCCCACAGCCCCUCAGAGCUGUAACCUCCAGAACUAAGAGACAGUAGAAUUCAAGUGUGUCCAGCACUUAUGGGCACCACAGUGAACACUUAUUAGGUACCACAGUCAGUCAGUGAGUACUUAUUAGGUACCACAAUUAGUGCUUAUUGGGCACUACCUGGGAGAUGGGGGGGGCUCAGUGAGCACUUUUUGGGCACCUUUGGCUGUCAGUGAGUACUUGAUAGACACCACAGUCAAUCAGUGAACGUUUAAUUGGGCACCACAGUCAGUGAGCACAUAUUGGGCACCUCAGUUAGUGCUUUUUUGGUACCACAGUCAGUUGGGGAACACUUAUCCCAGGCUUAGCUCUUGUUAUGGGCAUAGUGAGGCGAUCCAUAGGCUGAGGGGUGGCCUAGGAGCCAUCUAGGGGGUCUGAAGCUGGAAGGGAGUGGGCUGGAGUUGGCAGCCCACCCUCACACCCUGCACCAGCCCUGGGCCCACUCCCUAUUCCUCUCGUCCUUUAAGGACACUACUCUGGUGCUCUCCCCACUCCGCUGUGUCAUCUCCCGUCCUCUGUGCUUGCAUACCCACCAUAAAAAUGCUCUUCCUGGGCGGCGCCUGUGGCUCAGUCGGUAAGGCGCCGGCCCCAUAUACCGAGGGUGGCAGGUUCAAACCUGGCCCCGGCUGAACUGCAACCAAAAAAUAGCUGGGCGUUGUGGCGGGCGCCUGUAGUCCCAGCUACUCUGGAGGCUGAGGCAGGAGAUCGCUUAAGCCCAGGAGAUGGAGGUUGCUGUGAGUUGUGUGAUGCCAUGGCACUCUAUCAAGGGCCAUAAAGUGAGACUCUGUCUCUACAAAAAAAAAAAAAAAAAAAAUGCUCUUCCUGACCCCACCUGUGUCCCUAUAGACCCCUCUUCUUUUCCCAGAACUUCCACUUCUCUGCUCCUUUCAGGGCUUUCCAGCCCCACCUUUCUGCAAAGCUGCUUCCCUUGGGGUUACCAAUGACCUUCACAGGCCAAGUUGUCACCUACCUCUCCAGGUUCAGAACCCCAAAUACUUCCCUGUUUAUGGAAGAUGAAACCGGUUUAGAAAGGUAAAGUAGCCAUCCUGCAUGUGCCAGGAUUCUCCCCUACCCCAGACCCUUUGACCCUGAGGUGUUUUUGUUUUUUUUUUGAGAGAGAGAGAGAGAAAGAGAGUCUUACUCCAUUGCCCCAGGUAGAGUACUGUAGUUUCACAGCUCACAGCAACCUCUAACUCUUGGACCUUAGCAAUCAUGUCUCAGCCUCCAGAGUAGCUGGGACUACAGGUGCCUGCCACAAUGCCCAGCUAGUUUUUCUAUUUUUCUUUUUAGUAGAUAACGGAGUCUCACUCUUGCUCAGGCUGGUCUUGAACUUUGAGCUCAAGCAGUCCACCCACUUCAGCCUCCCAAAGUGCCAGGAUUAUAGGCGUGAGCCACCACGUCCAGCUUGACCCUCAGCUUCACCCUGUCCUUGGCCUAGCUGGGCUUCUCUCUUAGGUACCACCUCACCCCUGGGUCUGCCUCUUAGGCCACACUCUGCCUCUCACUCCCAAGCCUGAUCAAAAGUUAACACAGCCGGGCUGCGCCUGUGGCUUAGUGAGCAGGGCGCCGGCCCCAUAUACUGAGGGUGGCGGGUUCAAACCCAGCCCCGGCCAAACUGCAACAAAAAAAUAGCUGGGCGUUGUGGCGGGCGCCUGUAGUCCCAGCUACUCGGGAGGCUGAGGCAGGAGAAUCGCCUAAGUCCAGGAGUUGGAGGUUGCUGUGAGCUGUGUGACGCCACGGCACUCUACAGAGGGCAAUAAAGUGAAACUCUGUCUCUACAAAAAAAAAAAAGUUAACACAGCCUUGUGGAGGCUGAAAGAGACCAAAGUGAGCAAGUGUGACUAGCAUCUUCUUCCUGCUCCUGCCCGGAGCCUCCAAGCCCAGCCGUGAAUGUCCCCAGAUAUGGCUUUGCUGCACCUGGACUUUUACCUAACCUCUGUCAGGCAUGGAUGUGAUCUAUUGGACCAAUAACUGCUUCCUCCAUAAUCCUGAUCAUGUACCCGCAGUGUGCCCAGGACGGUCCUGGAGGCUUCAUAAGAAUAAUCUCAUUUCAUCUUCAGACAGCCCCAUAAAGCAGUUCUCACCCCCAAAUACAGAUGGGAAAAGAAAGACUAUACCAAAGGAGCCUUCGACUUGUAGCACCAGGUCACACAGAAAAGAGGAGAAUGUGGCCUGAUUUGGUCCCAGCCCUACCUCUAACACGCUGUGUGAUAUGGGGCCUGGUGCUAACCCUCUCUAGUUUCCUGUUCUGCAUCUGGACAAGGAAGUCGGGACUGAACCAUCUCUACAGGCUGAUGUGGACACUCUGGAACUCACCAGCCUGACCUGUGUUCUACCCUGAGCAGCAGCUUCUGCCUCAGGCUCAGACCAUAUGGAGAAGCCAGUCAGAGCCCCCCCUCCCCGCCCCCAUCUCCCAGAUCACAGUGAUUGGUUCUAGAUGGGUACAUGAUCCCGUGAAAGGGCUUCCCUAGGAAUAUUGCUGGAAGCAUGAGAAAGGAAGAAACUGUCUUCUUGCCAAGGUGGUUGAACUGGGUGGCUGGGGGGAAGGGGUCAUCAGAGAACAUUGUGUGCAGCCCUGGGUCCUGCUAUAGCUGACACUAGCCAAUCUCAAUUCUCCAGUUUCAUGAGCACCUGAAUUAUCAUUUUUGCCAAAAUUUGCUUUGAAUCUAUUUCUGCAGCCAUGUGCAAAAGAGCCUGCGUGGUCACAAUAGAGUUGUUCAGUAUGUAGCCAUUGCUCUGGGGGAAUACCCAGCGUGAUGCUACAGGGUUGUUGGAGGAAGAGGGGUGGCAAGGACCUGGGGCCCCCUAGAGGAGACAGGGUCCUCUCUGUGAGCCAGCAUGAUGCUCUAAUGGGCAAGACAGGCCAGCCUGUCCCCAGAGCUCAGAAGGCUUCAUGUGACAAUGAAUGCAACCUCAGCCAGCGGCUAGAUACCCCUCUCCUUUUAAAGGGAACUGAGCAAGAUUCUGGGCUGUCGGACACCUCGCCACCCUGAUUUCGAGUGCUCACGGGGUGCUUGCUGGUUAAUUUGCAUCUCAUUUGCGUGUUCAAUUCUCCUUUUCCGC